AUGGAAAAGAUUCACAUGCGUAGAACGGAUGACAGUGUAAAUCUGGGAAGAUCCAAAGAUGCUAUGACGUCAUGGGUUUUACUCCAUAAGCAUAACGCACACUGUUACCAGCGAUCGGGGGAUCAACACUUUCGAACAAAGGCGUUUCCCAACCGGGUGUUGAAAAACUGCGGCUUCACCCAUCCCGAAAUUCUGUACCCUUCUAUUAGUUUAAUUUUAUUUGACAACGUCGCCAUAAAAGACCACUCUGCUGAACUUUUGUUCUUAUAUUACGAAAAUGGCAUAAAAACAGCAUUUGCGUCGAAACUUGUCAAAGAUUUGUUCAGCGACCAUCAGAAGUAUAUACGCCCUGUCUACAAUAGAUCGUCAGUCGUCACCGUCGUACACAGGAUGACACCAAUACAGAUACUCAAUGUGGAUGAACAAAAUCAAGUUAUCAGCAUGAAAACAUGGAUGAGUCAGAUCUGGAACGACGCCUUUCUGAGCUGGGAUCCUGAUGACUAUGGCGGUGUGGACGAGUUGCAGGUUCCUAUCACCGAAGUUUGGCAGCCAGAUAUCACACUCGUCAACAGUGUUCGACCGGGAUUCCAAAGACAUUAUGACACGGAUGCUAUCAUUUCGUUUGAUGGAACAAUAACAGCUUUACAACCAGAUGUAUUGGAAGCCACUUGCAAAAUUGAUCCGCGAUAUUUCCCGUUUGACCAGCAGUACUGCGCAUUCAAAUUCGCGUCAUGGUCCUACCCCGGAGAUAAAAUCAAUCUUGUUAUGGAUCCAAACACCAACAUCAAGUUAUUCGUGGUGAACGGCGAAUGGGAACUUCUAGGAAUGCCCAAAACACGCGAAGAGGAGCAGGAUCCUUGCUGCACAGUACCAUUCCCCAAGUUGAUAUACACAAUGCACCUGAGGCGGCGCUCUACUUUUUACGUCUUCAAUAUAAUUCUCCCGUCAUUUCUUGCAAGUACCUUGGUCGCUGUUGCUUUCUACCUCCCAUCGGAUUCGGGAGAACGUGUGACUUUAUGGGUGACCAGUAUAUUGUCUCAAUUUGUUUUUCUCAACGUGGUGUCGGAGUUCAUGCCUCCUAAUUCAGAACACCUACCAUUUUUACAACGAUAUUUCUUUGCGUCGAUUGGCCUCGUGGCGGCAUCUUCUUUUGUAAUAGCAUGGUCGCUCAGUAUGCACUUCAGAGGUCCACAUUGUGAAGAAGUGCCCACAUGGCUGAGUACACUAGUCUUUGAAUGCCUGGCUCCCGUGGUUUGUCAGACGAAACGAGCCAAACCGUUCUUGCAAAGAAAGAGUAGAAAAAAUCUAAAAACGAAAUCAUCAACAACAAAAAUACGAGAGGAAGUAGAAAUGAACUGUACAUCUUAUAAUCAAGGUUUUGUGCACGAAAACGGACAAUCGUCGGUAACCAGGUUUAAUAAAAUCCCUAAUGGUGUGUUCAUUGUGGACGGGUCCGUUCACCAAAACGGUCAAAGGACGCACCGAGACAGUCUUGAAAUGGGAAUAUUUACAGAGAGCGAAGAAGACGGAAAAGAUGACGACAACUAUGUCAGCGAAGAGGUAGAGAGAAGGCGAUUGAACAAAUGGCGGGCAAUAUCUCGUAUUAUCGACCGCGUCUACUUGUUGCUAUAUUUAACAAUACUUAUUGGACUGCUGCUUGGGUUCAUGUUGUCGCUAUACAUACGGAAUCUAGACUUCCCAGAAUACGAAGAAAACUAA